AGGCUGAAGACAGAGGGAGGGUCCAGCCCUCAGAUGAGGCCCUGACCGCAGAUGGGCUCUUAGUCCCACUCCCAUCUAGCUCUGAGUAUCCCAGCAAGUUUCUCUGAUUUCCCCAGUGAGAUCCAGGCUCAGCUUGGAACAGCGACCCAGACUGAGCCUGGGGUGAGUAUCUGGGCUCAAGUAGCAGACGGGAUCUAGGGUCAGCUUAAGUGGGCACUAGCCUUAGUCUGAGGUAGGGAUCCAGACUCAGGCUGGGGCAGGGAUGUAGGGUCAGCCUGGGUAGGCUCCAGCCUUAGUCUAAGAUGGGGAUCCAGGCUCAGGCUGGGGCAGGCAUCUAGAAUCAGCCUGGGUGGCACUAGCCUUAGUCUGAAAUCGGGAUCCAGGCUUAGUCUGGGGCAGGGAUCAAGAUCAGCCUGAGUUAGGAAUCAAGGAUCAGCCUGCUGAGGAGGUCCAGGCUCAGUCUAUACCAUACCACCAUCAUCCUCAGGGCAGCAGUGGCUGUUAUGAGCGGCUGCUGGACAACCCCCAGUCCUGCAGGGCAGUGGUUUGGCUGCCUCGUGACCCAGCACAGCCCUCUGAUGACAGGGUGUUUGUGAGACACUCCGGGCAGGAACCUCUUAUCAGGGUUGGCUGACCGCCUGUUCCCAAGAUAGUAGCCCCUUGGGUCUCGGGUUUCUGAUCUGGGGAGCAGCCAGCAGUGCACAUGCCCUCGGUGGGCCUACAAGGGAGGGGUCUCAUGUCAGCUUUGGAGGAGGCAGCUGAUGGGGCAGGGCUCUGCUCACCUGAGGUAGGAGAUGACACCCAUGGCCCUGCAAGACAAAAGCGCACACUGUGCGUCACCCCAGGCCUGGCCGUCAGGCGGUCCAGCAGCUCCUCGGAUGAGCACCUGGGAUCCCAUCAAGGAAAAGCAGGCUUGGGAGGCUGAAACCUGCCUGUCCCCAGAAACCCACACUCACAAUGAGGCAGCCAGGUCUAUGGGAGUGGGAAGCGGCUGGUAUGGGCAAAGGUGACCACCCUGAUCCCCAUGGAACCCAAUGCUGUGAUGUUGACGGGAGCUGCUCCGUGGACCCAAGACUAUGGAACCACACUCACCCAGGGACAGGGUCCUAUGGACACCAAGUUCACCGCCACUUGCCUCUCCCCAGUGGAGGGUUCUGGCCCCUCUGAGGAGACACGACCCCCCGCGAGCUCAGCCUCGUCCUCCCCUGGAACCUUCGGGAGAGUGUCGCCACCUCCAGGGAGCAGCCAGGCCUGGAUACCCGCCCCAGGCCCUGGCUCUGCCUCUGAUCACAACCCCCCACCAGGGCUGGCCUCUCCUCAAACCUGGGCACAGCCUAGUGCCAAGCCCUUGCUGAGGGCCCCUGCUGCAUCCCCAGUCACCAGCCUGGAGAGGACACCCGGGCUGCUCUCUACACUGCCAGGGCACCCUCCUCUCCACCCUCCUCACGCCAAGGCAGUCAGCAGGACCCCUGAGCCAGCCUCGGGGCUGGAGGGCUUCGGGUUUUACUCUAAUGGUGCUGGGAUCGUCCGGCCAGAGACAAUGAAGUUGACCCCUGAUGCUGAGAUCCUGAGCCCCACGGGGUCACCACAUCCCCACGUCUGCCAUGACAACAGUCCCAGCUGCCCAGGGCUGGGGAAGGCCUGCCUGGCACCCCGCAUACCAGGAAGGAGCAUGAUUGGCUGUUCUGGCCAUGCCAUGUGCCCCUUCCUGAGGCUCCUGCCAGGCUGACAGGAAACAGCCCAGAGCUGAGGUCUUUGAGCCGGUCAUUCCAACAUUGCAAGCACCACCCAGUCCUCCUGGCUGAAGUUGAGUGAGGUAAGAAGGGCCCGUGGCCAGGGACAGGGAGGGCCCUCAGGAGGCUCCCAGGGCUGCUGCUGAGGCCGGGCAGCGUCCUAGGCCUCAAGGACACUCCUUUCUCCCCGCUGCCCCAAGCCACCAUGGCAGCAGCAUCAGGGCUGUGCCGCCUCAUCCCCAUCCCUGUCUGGGCAGAUGUGAAGGGUGACCGUCUCCCCCACUGUCCCGAAGUUGACGGUCUGGGUGGAAAGCUCUGUGGUGAAGCUGCUCUGGCCACUGUCCGCAGAACGCCGGACGCGGGUGCAGAAAGACUGCGUCCAGGGAGCACUGCCCACAGGCCGAGCCGGGGCCUCCCGCAAGAGGAAGGAGGUGCCCUCAAGGCUACGGACCUGGGGUCCCGGUGGUGAUGCCCCACGGGGCUCAGGCCUAAAGAGGCCGAGAGGGCCUCGGGGACCCAGUGCAUGCCCCACGCUGAGCAGCACAGGCUGCCCCACCGUGGGCUCCCCGAUCUCUCUCUGGAUCACCGAGACCUCGCAGGGAGGGUCAUCAGGGGCGCCAGGCCCAGGGCCACCACAGUGGAAGGUCUCCCCUUCCCCAGGCACGUAAUCUUCCAGGUCAGCCAGUGUCAGCAUGCGGCCGUUGUGCGUGAGGAUCUUGGGGUCACGAUCCCCAAGGCUGUGUGUGUCCUGGGACUCCUCCGUCACAAAGGCGUCUCCGUCUUCCCCCUCUUCCUCUCCCGCCUCCUCCAUGGUGCCCUCCUCCUCCAGGGUGAUGCCGGUCUCCCCCAGCUCCAGGCUGCCCAUGCCAGAAGCAGCCCAGUCCACACUGCCUCUGGCAUCCACGCGGAAGACAAGGGGCUCUCUGACGCCGACCAUGGCUGUGCCCUGGGCCCAGGCCUCCUGGGCCAGCAGCUUGUUGUUGGAGUUGUUGGAAUUGGGGUCCCCUCCGGGGGUCGCACCGGGCAGUGUGAAGAGAUGCCCCGAUGAGCUCCUGGGCACCUCUGUGGUGGGAGACACACCCUGCGGGCCCAUCUUCUUCACCCGGACUUCAAUGGUCUCCUCCACCUCCACCCACUUGGGCUGGGGCCCCGAGAGUCCGGGCAGAGCUGGAGAGUGGGCCUCGGCCUCCGUCACAUACAGUGUGGGCACCACGGGCUUCUGGCCUGGUUCUGCCUCCGGCCUGCGGGGCUGGCCAGCACCUGGCAGGUACAGCAGGUUGGGGGCCAGUAGGCCUGGCCUCAGCGGGCUGGCAGAGCAGCGGGAAGGUGAGCGGGAGGGGGACUUGCUGGGGGACCGUCGUUGGCCACGUGGGCUCUUCACCACAGUGGUGAUGGUCUCUUCUCUGGGGGAGGGAGGAGAGGGCCCGAGAAAAGAUGGGCACAGCGCCCAGGAUUGCCAGGGCAGCAUGAGAGCUCAGGUUAUUGUACCAGCAAGCCAGCAGUGAGAGUGCACAAAGAACUCUUACACAUGCAUGUGAGCCCAACCUACAGAGUCCCCCACCCCCUGCCACAGAACUAAAGAAACAAAGCACAAGGUCCCAUGUGGCCAACCUGUCUCUGGUGUGCAGAUCUGAGAACAAGAGGUGAGGUACGUGGGGAGGCCCGUGCCGCACUGCAUAGGCAAGCGCCUCCAAAAACCGGGUCACAUCCUGAUUGCAGUGGCCCCGGUGCCCGUCUCCCCUCCAGGUCCAUCCCACCUUUGUGCUUUGUGUCAUGGGGGAUGGUGCGUGGCCAACUCUCAUAGGGCAGGGCCUGCACACCCUGAAACUCCUCAGCCAGGGACGGGCUGGACAGCUUAUGCCGUGGGGGUGGGGUGGGGGCUGAGCUCAGACCUGUUCUCCUGGCCUUUGGGUCUGAAAGUGUGAGGCCCAGAAAGGUUUUAGGCAGGCCAAGGGAGAAACCUGGGUGAUACGUGGCCCCAGACUUGGCUUGGCCAUGAUGAGCCGUGUGAUAUCAGACAAGCCCCUCCUCCUGCCUGGCUCCAUCUCCCAAAAUGGGAUUGGGGAGGAGUGACGGAGGCAGAAUGCAAGGUUGGCUGUACGUGGCUGUGCAUGGGGCACUGGCUGGGAACUUUGCAAGCUCUCUUGUCUGACUCUGCAGUAACCUGGGAGAGGGUCUGAUCCCACUUUAUAGGGGACAGAGAGGGUCAAAGAGGCUCAAAAUCUGCCUGGGGCCAAGAGGGAGAAGCAGAGCAGUCAGCCCAGGUCCUCCUCUGGUGCCCUGUGCCCCUGACCUUGCUGAGCACUGAGAGCAAACUGAGUUAACACGUAGGGAAGCAGAACGUGCUGAGUAACACACAACACAUACCAUUUCCCUGCCUGUUACUCAUUUUGCCCUCAGCCUUGCACUUCCCUCAGGCUCAAGACAAGGGAUGUGGCAUGUAUGAGGUGACAAAGUCGUCACCAAGUGAGCUACUGCCAGCUGUCUGCUUUGUCCAAAGUACUGUCUCUCUCUCAUUUAGUUUUGCUUUCAUCUAACUCAGGGCUCCAUCUGGAAGCAGUUGCUCCCAGGCAUGAGCCCAGAGAUGUGUGACCACCCCUUGGGGUGCACAGCAAUGACAGGUCCUGCCUCCUCCAGCCCUCAGCUAUUAAGGAGGGAGUGAUAUAUUCCACUUAACUGAUGGGGAAGCUGAGGCUCAGAGAUGUGGCCCACUUGUGCCCACAGGCCUGAUUUCCUGCCUCACACCCAGGCUCUAGGGCAGUAGGCUUGUUGCUGAGAGCCUGGGCCUAACCCCAUCUGCUCACCUCAUGUUGCCUGAUCUGCUGAUGCAGGGUGGUAAGUUGAGUGCAGCCCAACAGGUGGAUGGGGACUCCUAAAUAUCCCCCAAAUGCUGGACUCACUGCCACCCCCACAAGGACACAUGGGCAUCCUGUACUGAGACUGCAAGCACAGCAUAUGGGGUCUGUCUCCAAGUCCUGUUUCCUUCUCAGGUCUACUGCCUCCCCAGUGCCUCUCCCUGUGUGGUCCACCCUUGGGUUCAGUGCUAUGCCUAUGCACUUGGCUCCCUCCAAUCCUCAAGCUGAGUGGGUAAAUUAUGCUUUGCAGAGUGAGGGUUGCCACCUUCCUAAGCCUGGAACAGACUGGACUUGUAUGCUUGUAAAUCACCUGGUCCUCCUUUCCCUAGGCGUGAGUCGCCUCUGAAGCUUUGCCAGUGGGGCAUUCUGGCAUCAUCUCUGCUCCUCCAUUUUCUUAUCCAUCAAAUGUAGAUAAUAAUAGUGCUCCCAAAGGGACAAAAUGUAGACCUACUCUAUGUGAGGCUCUGGCACCGUUGCAUACCUCCAGGAGUGGGGUGCUCACCAGCAUCCAGGCAGCCCCAUCUAUUGUGGGGUGGCAUCAUAGGAGCAACUUGUUUUAGGGGAGGAGGGAGAAAGCCAAGGAAGGGUUAACCCAGGAUCUCAACAAAUGUCUGGCAAUGGGAUUUUCCCACAAUACAGCCAACUGAAGGCCCCUUUAGGAGGUUGUAGGCCCCUUGAGAACUAAGAGUUUUCCCAUGCUGGAGCUUCUCAGCCAUCUGGCCUUAGGAAACCACAGUCUUUCCUGCCUCCUGGCUUUUGCAAGCUCUUCCAUCACUCCCGCCUGCACACACCUUCUAUUGGAAGUCCUCUCAGAUUAUUCAGGUCAAAACCAACUCUACAUUUAUGGGUUCACCCAUUUCUGGUCCUCUUGUGUUACCUCAGCAGCAGCAGCAUGUGUGAUUUUCCUAAUCCUUGAGGCACUGAAGGAUGAAGAAAGGGACGGUGGGUGUGGCACUGGGGAAGUGGCUUCCAGUCAUUAGCCACCCAGAGCUAACCUCCUCUCUUCCCUGAACUUCAGUUUCCCCAUCUUCCAAAUGUGAAAAUCGGGCUUGGGGACCUCUAAGGGCCCUAAGGCUGUGCUGUCCACUAUGAAUGCACUAUGUAAAUUAAAUUCAAAUGAACAAAAAUUAAAAUUUAAAAUUUGUCCUUCAA